AUGAGCUUCAAAGCCAUAAUAGCGUUGAGCGUCUUGGGUCUCGUCGGUGCCCAACAAACUCUGUGGGGACAAUGUGGAGGCAUAAACUGGACGGGCCAAACCUCUUGCGGUUCAGGGGCGGUUUGCACGUACUUGAAUGAUUGGUAUUACCAAUGUCUACCUGGGACGUCGACAAGCAGCAGGACAUCGACUAGUACGAGCAGCACCCGUGCAUCUACGAGUAACACAAGUAGCACGCGAGUCUCUACCACUAGUACGAGUAGCACACGUGUGUCUACGACUAGUACGACUAGUACACGAGUCUCUACCACUACGAGUAGUCCAAGCUCCACUCCUACUGGACGUGUUGGAAAGCUUCCUGCCCUCGGUUGGAACUCUUGGAACGCAUACCGAUGCGAUAUAAACGAGACCAAACUUCUCAAUGCAGCUAAUCAAAUGGUCUCGCUUGGAUUGAAGGCCGCUGGGUACCAAUAUGUCAACAUUGACGAUUGCUGGUCGAAUAUUAACGGGAGAGACCCUUCCACUCAACAGAUCCUCCCCGACUUGAACAAAUUUCCGAAUGGAAUGGCUAGCGUUGCCUCCAAGAUCCACUCGCUGGGAUUACUUUUGGGAAUCUACUCAGAUGCGGGAACCAAGACGUGCUCUGGAUAUCCUGGCUCUUUGGGAUACGAGGCGAUUGAUGCGGCCACCUUUUCCUCCUGGGGAAUCGACUACUUGAAGUACGACAAUUGCAAUGUCCCCUCCGAAUGGCAAGACAACUGGACAUAUCCUGAUUGGGGGCAAUCAAAUUCUGCGAUUCGGUACCGCCAAAUGGGCACCGCGCUGGCUGCGCAGUCAAGGCCGAUCCAGUAUAGCCUGUGCAUUUGGGGAGCUGCUCAAGUAUGGACCUGGGGCGCAUCAGUUGGUCAGAGCUGGCGAAUCUCUGGCGACUCCGCUCCGACGUGGAGCUAUAUCACUAGCGUGAUCGACAGAAACGUCGCAAUUAUCGACUAUACCAACUUCUACGGUCGUUCUGACAUGGACAUGAUGGAGAUUGGAAAUGGUGACUUGACGUUGGCUGAGGAAAGGACUCACUUCCUUAUGUGGGCUGCGUUGAAGAGUCCUAUACUUCUCGGAACUGAUCUAAGUCUCCUUUCCACGGAUCAGCUCAACAUCAUCAAGAACAAAGAAUUGUUGGCUUUUUCGCAAGAUGAACUUGUCGGAGCCCCAGCCAAGCCAUACGGAACUGCGACGACCACGCCUCCAGAGUACUACUCGGGUAAAUCUUCAAAGGGUGUCCACGUCUUCAUCAUGAACACUUCGUCAAGUACCUCGACUAAGACGAUUACAUUUGCAAAUGUUCCGGGUCUUGGAAGCGGUAGCUACAAGGUUCACGAUAUGUGGACAGGCACGGACGUAGGGACAUUUUCGGGGAGCUGGUCGACAAGUCUUGGCUCCCACGACUCUGGUGGGUGGCUGAUCACUCCUGCGUGA